AUGGACACAAGCUUCCUGGAGGAAAAGGAAGAGGAAACUCUGGCGUUCUGCGAGAAGUCCAGGGCGGAGGAGGAAGAAGCUGAGAUUUACUUAAAGGGUUGUGUAUUCCCUGCAAGGUUCAUCAAUUGGAUCCUUAUUUGUCUCAAAGGUACUUACUACAAUUUGAUGAUGAAUAGUAGACUCCAGGAAAAGUUUAAAGGUGAAAAAGACGAUCUGAUCAUCUUUUGUAAGGGUAAUGAGAACUCUGUGAGGUUAGUCCAUGAAGCCUUUACUCCAUUUUGCGAUACUACUGCGUUGAAGGCUAACAUGAGCAAGUCUGCCAUUUACUUUGGAGGGGUCAAUGAGGUUAAUAAGAACCUUCAUAAUUGGGCUACUGGGAACCUUUCUUUUGCUAGGCGUGCUCAACUAAUCCACUCUGUUCUCUUGGGAAUCAGAAACUUUUGGAUGAAUCUCUUCAUCCUCCCUCAAAAGGUGACGACUGCAAUUGACAAGAGUUGUAGAGAUUUUCUCUGGAGGGUUAAUGGAAAUAGAAAUAACAUUUGGGUUAAAUGGAUCAACUCCAUCUACCUCAAAGGCUGUGAUUUUUGGCAGCUGCCUUUUAAGGCAGACGACAGUUGGUACUUCAAGAAGAUUUUGAGACUCAGGGAUUCAAUUGAUUGGGAUGCUCUUGAUAGUGCAAGUCAGAAUGCCAAAAAGGUGAUGCUAGAUGUAAAUACUUGGUUUGGUUAUUCUUGCUGGCCAAGUAGUUCUGAGCAGUGGAAGAUUUGGUGUGAGAAACCAAUGAAUUGUUUGCAAGAUAGGUUGAUGAAUGUUGUAAUGGCUGCUGUCAUUGAUUUUCUUUAG